ACGGCAAACAUGUCAUCGCUGCCUACGCGGAAAGGAAAAGUAAAUACGUAGCACACUCGAGCGGUGUAUUGAUUGAUAUCAAUAAGUAAAAAUAAUAAUAAUAAUACUCAAUAAUAGGUCAUUUAAAGACAAGACAGGGAGAUGAGCCAUUCAGGAGCAGAACUGAGAAUUAGGUUCAUCCCCGGGAAAGUUCAGCUGGUUCAACGUGUGUUCCAGGAAGAGGCGUUGGUCCAAGGUCCCAGAGUCUUGGUCACAGGGGCAACAGGUCUCUUGGGUCGAGCGGUGUACAAAGAGUUUCAGAACAAUGGCUGGGUGGUUGUUGGGACUGGAUACAGGAGAGCAAGGCCACGCCUCCUCCGCUGCGAUCUCACAGAUGAAGACGCUGUCAGAGAGCUCCUGCAUGAAUACAAGCCUGACGUCAUCGUCCACUGUGCAGCAGAGAGACGCCCAGACAUCGUGGAGCGACACACUGAAGCUGCCAUUAACCUCAAUGUACAUGCUACAAGUGUGUUGGCCAAGGAAGCAGCUGCGUGCAGCGCCCUCUUCCUCUACAUCAGCACUGAUUACGUAUUCGAUGGCAGAAACCCUCCAUACGGAGAGGACGAUGCCCCGAGUCCACUCAACGUCUAUGGACGCAGUAAACUGGAGGGCGAGCGGGAGACGCUGAGACACUGUCCAGGCGCAGUGGUGUUACGUGUGCCCAUCUUGUUUGGGGAGGUGGAGUCAGUGUCGGAAAGUGCAGUCACAUCACUGUGGCUUAAAGUUCGGGACACUUCAGAGAGCUGUGCUCUGGAUCACUGUCAGCAGAGGUUCCCUACGCACACACGGGACGUCGCAGUUGUCUGCAGAAAGCUGUGUGAGAGAGCAAGACAGGACCCAUCGAUCAACGGCAUCUUCCACUUCUCAGCCAACGAGCAGAUGACCAAAUAUGAAAUGGGAAUAGCCAUGGCUCAGGCCUUCAGGCUGUCUUCCGCUCACCUCAGUCCUCUGACGGAGCAGUCCGCCUUGACCGCUGCUCUUCGUCCAAUGAACAGCCGUUUGAACUGUUCUCGUCUAGAAAUGCUGAACCUUAACGUUCACUCGCUGCCCUUCACCUCUGUUGUGGACUGUCUGUGGCCGUUCACUGAUGACAAACGCUGGAGACAGACAGUGUUCCACUGAGAAGCGGACAGGUCUGCAACAGGACAAGACAUGGGUGUACGGUGACAGGCACAAAGUGUUAAAAGCAAUGUUAAUGUUUAAAAAGGACCACGUUUGGUGUAGUGACGCUAGUAAUGUUGUAAUCUGUUUGUCUGUAAUUAACUGGAUUGUGUUGUGUUGCAGAAUUUAAAAGGGGAGAAGCUGUGGCAUGAAUGUGAGGCAUUCUUUGGUAGAGGGACUUUGAACCAUACAAGAUAAAAUAAUUAAGCUUACGAAGAUGCUAGUGAUGCUAGUGUGUUUGAUUUUUUCCAUUAUAUCAUUUGUUAGAAAUAAAGCUUCAUCUGCUAUAAGCUAGA